AUGCGCUUCUUCUCCCAACCCCAAACAGGCCUCGACGCCCUCCUCCACCGCCCGCGACCCAGCGCCUGGGACCAAUUCCUCGCCCAGCCCUGCCUCUUCCUCGCGCGAAAACUCUACGUCUUCCACCACCCCCCAACCAUUUACCCACAAUCACACCCAACCCAACGCGUCGUCGUGGUCUGCAUCUCCGACACCCACAACUCCCAACCCAAACUCCCUUCCGGCGACGUCCUCAUCCACGCCGGCGACCUCACCCAAUCCGGCACCUUCGCCGAACUCCAAACCACCCUCGCCUGGUUGCGCUCUCAACCCCAUCCGAUCAAAAUCGUCGUCGCUGGUAACCAUGACUUACUCCUCGAUCCCAGCUGUGACAGCACCACCGCCCGGCACGUCACUACCGGGGGUUCUACCGCAGCAGAACAGCGCGCCGGCCUAGACUGGGGCGACCUGAUAUAUCUUGAAAACCGCACCGUCACCGUCACCUGCCUCAACGGCCGACAGCUGCGUGUGCAUGGCAGUCCGCUGACGCCGAAACACGGUAACUGGGCGUUUCAGUACCCGCGCGGAGCUGACAAUUCCCCGUAUGCAUCGUCGGGGGUAAUCCCGAAGUACGUCGAUGUGUUAGUCACACAUGGCCCGCCAAAGGGGCAUUUGGAUUUGACGCAGGGCCUGGGGUGUGAGGGGUUGUUGGGAGCGUUGUGGCGGGCGCGGCCGCAGUUGCAUGUGUUUGGGCAUGUGCAUGAGGGGGCUGGAGUGGAAAGUUUGAGGUAUGAUGAGGUGCAGAGGGCGUAUGAGAAGACGGUAGUGGAAGGGGGUGGGGUGUGGAAUUUGGUUGGGGUUUUGGUGCCCGCUGUUUGGGGGUGGUUGUGGUCGUCGACGCCGGUGGGAUUCAAGAAAAGCGUGCGGACUCUGUUGGUGAAUGCCGCGGUGGUUGGGGGGUUGAGGGAUCAGGAGCGGCGGAAGCCUGUUAUCGUGGUGAUAUAA